AAUUUGUUGAAUCAGGGUGAAUCAAGGCAGCGUGAGUUACAUCUCAUCACGUGAGGACGAAACGACCCUACUUCCUCUUGAAGUAAGAGAUGGAGUUGUCCAGCUAUCCUCAGCCUGCUUUGAUUCACAAUGACAGACUGACAUCAUGGGAGGACAUCGACUCGGGAGGUUUCGGGCAGAUCUUCAAAGCCAAACAUGUUGAAUGGGGGUUGGAUGUCGCCAUCAAGCUGCUGCACAGUGACAAUGAAUCCUCCAAAUCUAUCCUGAGGGAGGCUGAAAUGAUGAAACAGGGAGGACACCCUCACGUGCUGAGGAUCCUUGGAAUUUAUGAGGGUCAGCCACCGAAGAGAUGGUCUUCCUCUCAGCUGGGGUUGGUGAUGGAGUUUAUGGAGAGAGGUUCUCUGAAAUCUCUUCUGAACAAACUUGAAGGACCUCCGCCAUGGCCCCUGGUGUUCCGUCUAGCCCACCAAAUCGCCCUGGGCAUGAAUUACCUCCACUGUCUCUCUCCUCCCCUUCUCCACCUGGACCUGAAGCCCAGCAACGUGCUGCUGGAUGACAGCCUCAGUGCCAAGCUCACCGACUUUGGUCUUGCCAAAGUAGUCCGCAGUGUUUCCAAGGCCAUGGGAGAUGAUGGUUGGGAGGAAGGUGGGACACUUGAGUACAUGCCCCCUGAAGCAUUCACUGAGUCUUUAGGCUCCUACAAGCCCAGCUGUGCCUCUGACGUCUACAGCUAUGGCAUUCUGUUAUGGUCGAUCUGCACUGGAAAGGAGCCCUACUCAAAUGUUCUGUCAUCUAUGGUGAGGUUCCAUAUUCCAAGGGGUGAUCGGCCCUCUCUGACUGACAGGAGCUUGGACUGCAGUAAGGUUGUAGGACUUCAGGGUCUGAAGGACCUCAUGGGGAAGUGCUGGCAUCAAGACCCUAAAGCAAGGCCAUCUUUCCGAGGCUGCCUUGAGGUGACUGAGGUGGCGUAUGAACAGAACAAACCUGGAGUGAGCGACGCUGUCCACAUGGUCCAUAAAAUACUGGAUUCAAAGAGAGGCAGCAGUGGAAUGGAGCAAAACUUUGAAAAACUCCACAUAUCCCCCCCUCAGCCUCAAAAUGGUGGCAUCUACAUUAACAUGUCUUCUGUGACUGGACUCCAGAUUGGGAACGAUAACUACAUGAGUAUCACUGGCCGACAGAGGCACCCUACAGCACCCCCUAGUGUUAAUGCCUCAAACAAACAACCAGAAACACUGAAGAGAACCUUUAAUGCUUAA